AUGUCCUGUUUCCUGUCCACUCGCCCGACACUCAGGAUCCCAAAUCCCAACAGCCCAAGCAUCGGCGCCAUGACGCGCGCCCCUGCCAUGGUUUUCGGAGGCCCUGGCCUCGCCCUUUCUGCUCUGGCGGACGAGGAGGCCUCCGACGCUGUGUCGCUCUCCCCGCCCGGCACUUCGGUACAAUCCAGCCUCUGGAGCCCUUUCAGUAUGAUUUCCAAGCCAGUCCCGUCGCCGGACGCGCCGAGCUCGGCGGCUGUUGCAGAGUGCCGAAACGAAGACGGCAAGAGGCUUGGCGGCUUAGUGGAGGCUUUCCUGACGGAGCUACAGCAGCGGCGCUCGCAGCAGAACGGCCGGGUGGAGGAGAACUGGCUGAAGGCGGCAGGAAGGCAAGGCGAAGCGCAGCUGAAAGAAGUCCUGGACAGUGCGUUCCGCGACUUUCGGGCGAGCCUCGACGCCGACAAUGCUCAGAUCGAAACUCCUGAGACACCAGCUGCCAUAGCACGGCACCGGCUCGUCAUCCAGAGCGGAGUCGGCCUGAAGCAGAAAAAUGUGGCAUUGGACACCUACAUAGGAAGAUGGCUGGAUGGUGCAAGCAAGGAGGGCGGCGAAGAGGUGGAGGAGACAGUGUCGGUGGUGACCAGCUUCAGCUUCACCGUGCCGGACGGGGUAGAGCCAGGUGUCACUCUCAAGGUGUCCGCUCCGGAUGAAGUGGUGCUCCGCAUCCCUCUACCGAACAAUGUGGUAGGUGGUGACCAGAUGGUCAUGGAGAAGAAUGACAUUGGCAAAUGGGGUAUAAAGCAUGUCAUUCGCGGAGAGUGCGACGCCUCUCAACUGAUGCAGUCCUUAGAGUGCCUGCAGAAGACGCCGCAAGACGUCGCACAGGAUUUGUGCCAACCACAUGUCUGCAGGGUCGCACUGAAGACCAGCAAGGGCCUUCUCAAGAUGAGGGUGGUCCCUGGCUGGGCUCCAUUGGGUGCCCAGCGGUUCUUGCAGCUGGUAACGGACAAGUACUACACAGAUCUCGCCGUCUAUCGCGCAGUGUCGAGUUUUUUGGUUCAGUUUGGCGUCACGGGCGACAUGGAAAGGAGCUCCAAGUACCAGGCCCUCGAAGACGACGAGCUGAGGGGAGUGCCUAUCCUGGAGGGCAUGGUGUCCUUCGCAGCAGCCGCACCGGACUCCCGCGUAGCAACCGUCUGCAUCUUCCUGGACGAUUUCCCACAGCUGGGGAAGAAUCGCUGGGAAACGCCCUUUGGCAGAGUCGACGAGGAGUCCUUGCCAGUGCUACACAAGCUCUUCACAGGGUAUGGCGACAUGCCCCAGUGUGGUGGCACAGGCCCUGACCCAGUCCAAAUUUUGGAGCAGGGGAACGACUACAUCCGGCAGAACUUCCCACAGUGCGACUUUGUCGAGUCCGCGGAGUGGCUGCAGUGA